UCCGUCACUGAUCAUGACGCCUCACUCAGCGAAGCGGCACAUUCCUCUACCUGCGCGGGAGCAGCGGAGGCCGGCAUGACGUCAGUGUGAUGAUGUCACCGCCAGGACGAGCCUGCUGCGCGCUAUAAAGCCCGUUUCCUCACAGCCCCGAGUGACAGGCGCGCCCCUGUGCAGGAAGGAAGCAGUCUGUUCCGUGCCCCGGAGUAACUCGCUGCGGCUAUCGGGAACCUCCAGUGACUGCGGCCGGGUGCGGCUCUGUGUGUAGAGGCGGAGGAAUGAUACACUGACUGGCGGCAUGGAGAGAGCAGGAAGGUCCGCUCUGGAGCAGCACAGCCCGGGCUGCAGGCAGCAGAACGAGUGCGGACACAUGAGCGCCCAGCAGGCAGCCGGGGACAGCGGCUUAGUACGGGCGCAGACAUCAACCAUUCAGAACAACCGUCCGGAGCAGAUCGUAAAGGAUGACUAUGAAAAAUUGGGGACACUGUUUGGUGAAAUCAAUAAAAUUCUACUUGACACUGGCUUCUCCCGAAUGUACUUUGGUGAAAGGACUGUGGAACCUGUGCUCCUGUUGUUUUUUGGAGUCAUGCUUUGGUUCCUUGGUUUACAAGCUCUAGGACUGGUGUCCAUACUCUGCCUCGUAAUUCUUCAUAUACAGUCAUGAUGACAUGUGGGAUUGGAUUGUUUUAUGGAAGAGUAAUAUAUUUAAAAGAGAACCACCUAUCUUAAAGAACAUGGCACAAGCAAUAUUUUAAAGUCAGAAAAUUUUCUGUUAGCACAUUGUGUAAAUGUUUUUUGCAUUGAACAAUUAAAUUCUGUU